AUUUACUCUGAAUUUUAUCAAAUUGGAACACCACAUUUUAGUUUGGAAGGCGUUCUACAAUUUAUAGUGAGCGAAGCUUUAACCUAAAUUUAAUUUUGAGACCUCUGUAAACCCGUUGUUUGCAUCGAUUUUUUUCUUUAAGGUUCGUUACUCCUUGGUUUUUAAUACAAUAACUCUUCUUUUGGAUCAGAAAAAUUGGUGAGCAGUUUGGGUGGCGGGUCAGUUUCUCUCCUCCAUAUGACUGAUUUUAUCAAUUUUAUUAAGAGAACGAAGACAGGUAAAGAUACGAUUCUAGUAACAAUGGACGUAUCAAGCUCGUACACAAAUAUACCACUUGAAGAAGGAAUAGAUCUAGUAUGCCAAACAUACGAUAAGUUCCACAAUAACAACACACACUACCCAAGGGAAAUGCUUGGCUUCAUCCUAAAAGAAAACUCAUUCCAGUUUAAGGGAGAGGAUUACCUCCAAAAACAUGGAACCGUCAUGGAAAUAAAAACGGCAGUGUCUUUUGCUAAUAUCUUCAUGGCGGAAACUGAGAAUAAAUUAAUUCAUCAAAGUUACAGCAAGCCAAGAGAAUGGCAACGUUGCAUUGAUGACGUUCUCUCUCUUUGGGACUACAGUGAAAAGGACGUGGAUCAUUUUACUGCACAAGCUAACAAAUUCCACCCUUCUAACGAGAUUAUUUUCCUUGAUAUAGUGGUAUUUAAAGGAGAACGAUGCACUAAAGAAUCCAUCCUGGACAUCACAACGUACUAAAAACCGACAGAAACCUUUCAAUAUAUUGAAAGGUUUCUGUCGGUUUUUAGUACGUUGUGAUGUCAAGGAUGGAUUCUUUAGUGCAUCGUUCUCCUUUAAAUAUACACACUUCACCUCAUACGUUAAAAAGGCGUUAAAAGAGGUUUUAUCAAAGGCGAAGCAAUGCGAUUGCUUAGAACUAACUCUUCAAACACAACAUUUGAAGAGUUCCUCGCAAAAUUCAAACUACGCCUCCAAGCACGAGGCUCAUGGAAAGGUAUUUGCUAGGGGCCAAUUUUGCGUCAAGAGCAUCGGUACUCAAACAAAAAGAAAAGAAUCAUGAGAGGAUAUUACCUUUUUUCACUAUACAUACCAUCCUGCAGUGCAAAAUCUCAAGCAAAUAGUGAUGGAAAACGGGAAUAUCAACCAUUGCUAAAUACGAUUCGCAAAAUCCUUCUAUCAUAUCAUACAAUUUGAGGAAAAUCCAUUAAAGACACUUUCGUUAGAGCAAAAAUAUGUAAUUUGGAGGCAAUCAUGCGACGCGACCACAAAACCACAUAGGGAGUCCGUGCCCUCCUGUCUCUUACUUCCUUUCACGUGGAAAUUCUCUCAAAUACACCAACCAUCAAAGAAGUAAACUCGACUGCAAUUGACUCAUUUUUCAAUUAAAGUAGUAGGUCAAGAGAAACACAAGAUUACACGCUAUUACAGUGCCGUGCCGAACUACAAACGACCAAACAACUCUCACAAAUAAAACACUCGUUUAAAUUUACUUCAGUAACUUUUGUUGUCAUUUUAAAGUGAGUAGAGAAAAUAUUGUGAAGAUCAAUCGUCGACGGAAGUGUAAAAAGGGCAAAAGUUGACGAGUACCGCUAGUUCACUCACGAAAAUUGAUCAACACGACGAUUUCACUCGUUUUGAAAGCGUUACCAAGACCGUGGUCAGAGAUAAUAAAAUCCAGAGCGCGCUAAGAACCAAUCAGAUUGCAGGAUUCGUUACCGUGUCCUCUUAGAAAAAAAUAAUAUAAAUAUAAGCCACGCAAUGAGUUUCUAAGUAUAUAUUUCAAUACAUUUUAAUAGUAUCCUCUUACCAUGUGACGUCAUGUGCCUUAACCCGAAGCAGAUUGCUAACACUAGCAAGACAUUACUAGACUUGCAAGCCAGAUGUGUUGGUGAUCGAAUUAAAUUACAAGAAGCAAACAGCAAUCCAGAAACGCACUCUGUGACGGGCAAGAAAGAUACCGACUCUUUACUGAAAACUACGAAAGAUGAGGGAGAUAACACAGGAGAAGGAACCUGGUGUAGUAAUGUUCAUAACACUCUGGGUAAUCUUAAAAGAGCCAUCGAGCACCUCGAAAGUUCUCUAAAAAUUGCCAAAGAAGUAGGAGACGGGACUGGAGAGGGAGGGUCGUAUGGCAAUCUUGGCAACGCUUAUGGCAGUCUUGGAAAUUCCAAAAACGCCAUCGAGUACCAUGAACGACAUCUAAAAAUUGCCAAAGAAUUGGGAGACUUGGCUGAAGAGGGAAAGUCGUAUUGUAAUCUUGGCUGCGCUUAUCAAAGUCUGGGAGAUUUCAAGAAAGCCAUCGAGUGCCACGAACGACAUCUAAAAAUUGCCAAAGAAGUGGGAGACAGGGCUGGAGAGGGAAUGUCGUAUGGUAAUCUUGGAAACGCUUAUCAGAGUCUGGGAAAUUUCAAAAAAGCUAGCGAGUACCAUGAACGACGUCUAAAAAUUACCAAAGAAGUAGGAGACAGGGCUGGAGAGGGAAUGUCGUAUGGUAAUCUUGGCAACGCUUAUCGAAGUCUAAGAGAUUUCAAAAAAGCCAUCGAGUACCAUGAACGACAUCUAAAAAUUGCCAAAGAGGUGGGAGACAGAACUGGAGAGGGAAUGUCGUAUGGUAAUCUUGGCAACGUUUAUCAGAGUCUGGGAGAUUUCAAACAAGCCAUCGAAUACCAUGAACGACAUCUAAAAAUUGCCAAAGAGGUGGGAGACAGGACUGGAGAGGCAAGGUCGUAUGGUAAUCUUGGCAACGCUUAUCAAAGUCUGGGAGAUUUCAAAAAAGCCAUCCAGUACCAUGAACUAGAUGUCAAAAUUGCCAAAGAAGUAGGAGACAGGGCUGGAGAGGGAAUAUCGUAUGGUAAUCUUGGCAACGUUAAUCAAUGUCUAGGGAAUUUCAAAAAAGCCAUCGAGUACCAUGAACGACGUAUAAAAAUUGCCAAAGAAGUGGGAGACAGGGCUGGAGAGGGUAAGUCGUAUGGUAAUCUUGGCAACGCUUAUCAAAGUCUGGGAAAUUUCAAGAAAGCCAUCGAGUACCAUGAACGUCAUCUAAAAAUUGCCAAAGAAGUGGGAGACAGGGCUAGAGAGGGAGGGUCGUAUGGCAACCUUGGCAACGCUUAUCACAGUCUGGGAGAUUUCAAAAAAGCCAUCGAGUACCAUGAACGACAUCUAAAAAUUGCCCAAGAAGUGGCAGAAAGGGCUGGAGAGGGAAUGUCGUAUAGUAAUCUUGGCAACGCUUAUCAAAGUCUGGGAAAUUUCAAGAAAGCCAUCGAGUACCAUGAACGACAUCUAAAAAUUGCCAAAGAGGUGGGAGACAUGGUUGGAGAGGGAAGGUCGUAUGGUAAUCUUGGGAACGCUUAUGGCAGUCUGGGAAAUUCUAAAAAAGCCGUCGAGUACCAUGAACGACAUCUAAAAAUUGCCAAAUAUCUGGGAGACAGGGUGGGAGAAGGAAAGUCGUAUUGUAAUCUUGGCAACGCUUAUCAAAGUCUGGGAGAUGUCAAGAAAGCCAUCGAGUGCCAUGAACGACAUCUAAAAAUUGCCAAAGAAGUUGAAGACAGGGCUGGAGAGGGUAGGUCGUAUGGUAGUCUUGGCAACGCUUAUCAAAGUCUGGGAAAUUUCAAAAAAGCCAUCGAGUACCAUGAACUAGAUCUAAAAAUCGCCAAAGAGGUGGGAGACAGGGCUGGAGAGGGAAUGUCGUAUGGUAAUCUUGGCAACGCUUAUCAAAGUCUGGGAGAUUUCAAAAAAGCCAUCGAGUACCAUGAACGACAUCUAAAAAUUGCCAAAGAGGUGGGAGACAGGACUGGAGAGGCAAGGUCGUAUGGUAAUCUUGGCAACGCUUAUCAAAGUCUGGGAGAUUUCAAAAAAGCCAUCCAGUACCAUGAACUAGAUGUAAAAAUUGCCAAAAAAGUAGGGGACAGGGCUGGAGAGGGAAUGUCGUAUGGUAAUCUUGGCAACGUCAAUCAAUAUCUGGGAAAUUUCAAAAGAGCCAUCCAGUACCACGAACGACAUCUAAAAAUUGCCAAAGAUGUUGAAGACAGGGCUAGAGAGGGAAUGUCGUAUGGUAAUCUUGGCAACGCUUAUCAAAGUCUGGGAAAUUUCAAGAAAGCUAUCGAGUACCAUGAACGACAUCUAAAAGUUGCCAAAGAAGUGGGAGACAGGGCUGGAGAGGGAAGGUCGUAUUGUAAUCUUGGCAACGCUUAUCAUAGUCUGGGAGAUUUCGAAACAGCCAGCGAGUACCAGGAACUACAUCUCAAAAUUGCUAAAGACGUUGGAGACAGAGCUGGAGAGGGAAGGUCGUAUGGUAACCUUGGCAACGUUUAUCAAAGUCUGGGAGAUUUCAAAACAGCUAUCGAGUACCAUGAACUACAUCUAAAAAUUGCCAAAGAAAGGGGAGACAGGGCUGGAGAGGGAAAGUCGUAUAAUAAUCUUGGCAACGCUUAUCAAAGUCUGGGAAAUUUCAAAAAAGCCAGCGAGUACCAGGAACUACAUCUAAAAAUUGCCAAAGAAGUGGGAGACAGGGCUGGAGAGGGAAAGUCAUAUUGUAAUCUUGGCAACGCUUAUGGCAGUCUGGGAAAUUUCAAAAAAGCCAUCGAGUACCAUGAACGACAUCUAAAAAUUGCCAAAGAAGUGGGAGACAGGGCUGGAGAGGGAAUGUCUAUCCUCUUACCAUGUGACGUCAUGUGCCUUAACCCGAAGCAGAUUGCUAACACUAGCAAGACAUUACUAGACUUGCAAGCCAGAUGUGUUGGUGAUCGAAUUAAAUUACAAGAAGCAAACAGCAAUCCAGAAACGCACUCUGUGACGGGCAAGAAAGAUACCGACUCUUUACUGAAAACUACGAAAGAUGAGGGAGAUAACACAGGAGAAGGAACCUGGUGUAGUAAUGUUCAUAACACUCUGGGUAAUCUUAAAAGAGCCAUCGAGCACCUCGAAAGUUCUCUAAAAAUUGCCAAAGAAGUAGGAGACGGGACUGGAGAGGGAGGGUCGUAUGGCAAUCUUGGCAACGCUUAUGGCAGUCUUGGAAAUUCCAAAAACGCCAUCGAGUACCAUGAACGACAUCUAAAAAUUGCCAAAGAAUUGGGAGACUUGGCUGAAGAGGGAAAGUCGUAUUGUAAUCUUGGCUGCGCUUAUCAAAGUCUGGGAGAUUUCAAGAAAGCCAUCGAGUGCCACGAACGACAUCUAAAAAUUGCCAAAGAAGUGGGAGACAGGGCUGGAGAGGGAAUGUCGUAUGGUAAUCUUGGAAACGCUUAUCAGAGUCUGGGAAAUUUCAAAAAAGCUAGCGAGUACCAUGAACGACGUCUAAAAAUUACCAAAGAAGUAGGAGACAGGGCUGGAGAGGGAAUGUCGUAUGGUAAUCUUGGCAACGCUUAUCGAAGUCUAAGAGAUUUCAAAAAAGCCAUCGAGUACCAUGAACGACAUCUAAAAAUUGCCAAAGAGGUGGGAGACAGAACUGGAGAGGGAAUGUCGUAUGGUAAUCUUGGCAACGUUUAUCAGAGUCUGGGAGAUUUCAAACAAGCCAUCGAAUACCAUGAACGACAUCUAAAAAUUGCCAAAGAGGUGGGAGACAGGACUGGAGAGGCAAGGUCGUAUGGUAAUCUUGGCAACGCUUAUCAAAGUCUGGGAGAUUUCAAAAAAGCCAUCCAGUACCAUGAACUAGAUGUAAAAAUUGCCAAAAAAGUAGGGGACAGGGCUGGAGAGGGAAUGUCGUAUGGUAAUCUUGGCAACGUCAAUCAAUAUCUGGGAAAUUUCAAAAGAGCCAUCCAGUACCACGAACGACAUCUAAAAAUUGCCAAAGAUGUUGAAGACAGGGCUAGAGAGGGAAUGUCGUAUGGUAAUCUUGGCAACGCUUAUCAAAGUCUGGGAAAUUUCAAGAAAGCUAUCGAGUACCAUGAACGACAUCUAAAAGUUGCCAAAGAAGUGGGAGACAGGGCUGGAGAGGGAAGGUCGUAUUGUAAUCUUGGCAACGCUUAUCAUAGUCUGGGAGAUUUCGAAACAGCCAGCGAGUACCAGGAACUACAUCUCAAAAUUGCUAAAGACGUUGGAGACAGAGCUGGAGAGGGAAGGUCGUAUGGUAACCUUGGCAACGUUUAUCAAAGUCUGGGAGAUUUCAAAACAGCUAUCGAGUACCAUGAACUACAUCUAAAAAUUGCCAAAGAAAGGGGAGACAGGGCUGGAGAGGGAAAGUCGUAUAAUAAUCUUGGCAACGCUUAUCAAAGUCUGGGAAAUUUCAAAAAAGCCAGCGAGUACCAGGAACUACAUCUAAAAAUUGCCAAAGAAGUGGGAGACAGGGCUGGAGAGGGAAAGUCAUAUUGUAAUCUUGGCAACGCUUAUGGCAGUCUGGGAAAUUUCAAAAAAGCCAUCGAGUACCAUGAACGACAUCUAAAGAUUGCCAAAGAAGUGGGAGACAGGGCUGGAGAGGGAAUGUCGUAUGGUAAUCUUGGCAACGCUUAUGGCCGUCUGGGAGACUUGAAAAAAGCCAUCGAGUACCAUGAACUAGAUCUAAAAAUUGCCAGAGAAGUAGGAGACAUGGCUGGAGAGGGAAUGGCCUAUGGUAAUCUUGGCAACGCUUAUCAAAGUCUGGGAAAUUUCAAAAAAGCCAUCGAGUAUCAUGAACGACGUCUAAAAAUUGCCAAAGAAGUGGGAGACAUGGCUGGAGAGGGAGGCUCGUAUGGUAAUCUUGGUAUCGCUUAUCAAAGUCUGGGAAAUUUCAAGAAAGCCGUCGAGUACCAUGAACUAUGUCUAAAAUUUGGCAAAGAAGUUGGGAACAGGGCUGUAGAGGGAACGUCGUAUGGUAAUCUUGGCAACGCUUAUCAAAGUCUGGGAAAUUUCAAAAAAGCCAUCGAGUACCAUGAACGACAUCUAAAAAUUGCCAAAGAAGUGGGAGACAGGACUGGAGAGGGAGGGUCGUAUGGUAGUCUUGGCAACGCUUAUGAAAGUCUGGGAAAUUUCGAAAAAGCCAUCGAGUACCAUGAACGACGUCUAAAAAUUGCCAAAGAAAUAGGAGACAUGGCUGGAGAGGGAAGCUCGUAUGGUAAUCUUGGUAUCGCUUAUCAAAGUCUGGGAAAUUUCAAGAAAGCCAUCGACUACCAUGAACUAUGUCUAAAAUUUGCCAAAGAAGUGGGGAACAGGGCUGUAGAGGGAACGUCGUAUGGUAAUCUUGGCAACGCUUAUCAAAGUCUAGGAGAUUUCAAGAAAUCCAUCGAGUACCAUGAACGACAUCUAAAAAUUGCCAAAGAAGUGGGAGACAGGGCUGGAGAGGGAAGGUCGUAUGGUAGUCUUGGCAACGCUUAUGGCAGUCUGGGAAAUUUCGAAACAGCCAUCGAGUACCAUGAACUAGAUCUAAAAAUCGCCAAAGAAGUGGGAGACAGGGCUGGAGAGGGAAGAUCGUAUUUUAAUCUUGGUGUGUGCUUUGAAUCUCAAGGUUCUCUAAAGAAGGCUCGUGAUUGUUAUCACUCUAGCGUGCGAUUGUUAGAUGAUGUUAGGCAGCAUCUGCAAGCUAAAGAUGAGUGGACAAUUAGCUACCGCAAUGCUAAUGACUUGGCUUAUACGAGAUUAUGGCGUCUAAUUUUGAAACAAGGUGACGUAGUUGAGGCAUUGUUUGCUGUUGAGCAAGGACGGGCGCAGGCUCUGAAAGAUCUUAUGAAUUUAAACUACGAAACUGAAGCACCACAUAUAUCGGAUAAAAUGACUUUCGACACAUUAAGUUGCCUUCCAUUCAAUACAGUCUUUAUGGCAGUUCAUGAAAGAGAAAUAAUUUUCUGGAUUAUUCAAAAUGGAAAGGAUGUUCAAUUAAGAAGAAAGGAAAUCAGCCAUAAUAAUUCGGAGGAUGUUGCUACCGCUCUGUUGCAGUCGUUAAUUUACAAUGUUCGUGAGAAAAUUGGUGUCAGAGGUGGUGUGGAAUGCGAAGAUCGUUCAUUGGAUAGGAUGAGCAAAGCCGAGCUGUCAAAGAAGAAGAGCAAUCAAACCAUAUCCCAACCCACGACCUUUGACACCAAUCCUUUAAGAACAUGGUAUGACGUCACCAUUAGCCCCAUCAAAGACUUGAUUUAUGGCAAUGAGCUGAUAUUUGUUCCCGAAGGUCCACUGUGCUUGGCUCCUUAUGCUGCAUUCAUGGAUCCUAAUUCAAAGCACUUGUGCGAGUCUUUCAGAAUCCGUGUCAUUCCGUCAUUGAAUAGUUUGAAGUUGAUCAAAGAUUGUUCACCAGAUUACCACAAAAAUUCUGGGGCACUGCUUGUGGGAGAUCCAUGGUUAGAUGAAGUUCGUUAUUGUGGGAUAAAGCUAGGACAGCUGCCAUUUGCAAAGAUGGAAGUAGAGAUGAUUGGGAAAAUACUCAACACUGCCCCCCUCACUGGAAGGGAGGCAACAAAAGAUGAAGUAUUAGGAAGACUUUCCUCAGUUGCUUUGGUGCACAUUGCAGCACAUGGCUGUAUGGAAACAGGAGAAAUUGCUUUGGCAGCAAACCCUACACGAGCGUCCCAGAUCCCUGUUCAGGAAGACUUCUUGCUAACCAUGAGUGAUGUGAUGAGAGUUCAAAUCCGAGCAAGACUGGUUGUGCUAAGUUGUUGCCAUAGUGGUCGUGGUGAGAUUAAGGCUGAGGGAGUGGUUGGCAUUGCACGAGCCUUCUUAGGUGCCGGUGCUCGUUCUGUUCUUGUGUCCCUGUGGGCAAUUGACGACGAAGCUACUCUAGAGUUCAUGAGGAGUUUCUACUUACACCUAGCAAAAGGAAGAAGUGCCGGUGAAUCUCUGAACCACGCUAUGAAGUGUCUGAGAGAGUCUGAGAAAUUUAGCGAAGUGAAGUACUGGGCUCCAUUUGUACUCAUUGGUGAUGAUGUUACUUUGGACUUUGCGAAAGGCGACUAGAGGAACUUCAAUAUAGCGAAAGAUUGUUCAGCACAUCUAUCAAUACGGAUGGGAGCGACCCUUUCGAUUUUUAUUUCGAGACUGCUUAAUAGUUUUAGCUUUUCAGUGAAAACGGCUAACCGGCCAACAUUGAGUUUGUAGGAAAAUGCUUUUCUUCUAAUUAUAAAGCAUCAGAGUCGUAUCAAUGUG